AUGGCCACGGAGGGCCCUGUCACGUGUCGAGUCCAGGUGGCAGAACAUCCCAGAUUGCUGAAGCUAAAGGAGAUGUUUAACUCUAAGUUUGGAUCCAUUCCCAAGUUCUAUGUUCGGGCACCAGGAAGGGUCAACAUAAUAGGAGAACAUAUAGAUUACUGUGGAUAUUCUGUGCUUCCUAUGGCUGUAGAACAAGAUAUGUUAAUAGCUGUGGAACCUGUGAAAACACACACUCUCCAACUGGCUAAUACAAAUCCCUUGUACCCGGACUUCAGUACUGGUACUAACAACAUUCAGAUCGACAAAACCAAGCCUCUGUGGCACAACUAUUUCCUAUGUGGAUUUAAAGGAAUUCAGGAACACUUUGGUCUUAGCGACCUGGCAGGGAUGAAUUGCCUGGUGGAUGGGACUAUCCCUCCAAGUUCUGGCCUCUCCAGCUCCAGUGCCCUGGUCUGUUGUGCUGGCUUGGUGACACUCACAGUUCUGGGAAUGAACCUAUCCAAGGUGGAACUUGCGGAAAUCUGUGCCAAGAGUGAGCGGUAUAUUGGCACUGAAGGAGGAGGGAUGGACCAGUCCAUAUCAUUUCUUGCAGAAGAAGGAACUGCCAAGUUGAUAGAAUUUAGCCCUCUGAGGGCAACUGAUGUGAAACUCCCCAGUGGAGCAGUGUUUGUGAUUGCCAACAGUUGUGUGGAAAUGAAUAAGGCAGCAACCUCCCAUUUCAACAUCAGGGUGAUGGAGUGUCGGCUGGCUGCAAAGCUCCUGGCUAAGCACAAAAACUUGCAGUGGGAUAAAGUGCUGCGGCUGGAGGAGGUGCAGACCAACCUGGGGGUCAAUCUGGAAGAAAUGCUGUUGAUUACAGAGGAUGCUCUUCACCCUGAACCCUAUAGCCCCGAGGAGGUCUGCAGGUGUCUGGGAAUCAGCCUGCUGGAACUUCAGACCCAAAUUCUGAGUCCAAAUACUCAGGAUGUGCUCAUCUUCAAGCUGUACCAGCGGGCUAAGCACGUGUACAGCGAGGCUGCGCGAGUGCUCCAGUUUAAGAAGAUCUGCGAGGAAGCACCUGACAACAUGGUCCAGCUGCUGGGGAAGCUGAUGAACCAGAGCCACGAGAGCUGCCGGGACAUGUAUGAGUGUAGCUGCCCUGAGCUGGACCAGCUGGUGGACAUCUGUCGGACGUUUGGAGCUCAAGGGUCACGACUCACAGGAGCAGGAUGGGGAGGCUGCACAGUCUCACUGGUGCCUGCUGACAAGCUGCCCAGCUUCCUAGCAAAUGUGCAGGAAGCCUAUUACCAGAGUGGCGACCGGCGCCUGGCACCCGAGAAGCAGAGUUUGUUUGCUACCAAACCCGGAGGCGGGGCCUUGGUUUUCCUUGAGGCCUAA